UCAACCAAAAAAAAAAAAAAAAGGUUAAAGACUAUUACUAUACGGCCUAGCUAGAAGUAUAUAUAAGAUAAUUAAGUACUUGUGCUGAAAAACACAAAAGAAAAGAGAAAUAAAAGUUCAACUGGAGCCACAAAAGUAGAUUGAAAACAAAUUAAUAAACGGCGCUAUUCGUUUGAAAAAAGAAAAUUCAGCAGAAGUUGAGAUAGAAUGAUAGAAAUGGAAACAAAUAUCAUUAAAUUUUGGACGUUGAAAACUUGAUAGUUGCAACCAUAUUUCUGGCCAUCAUAAAUGAGUACUCCCUUGUUUACCAAAUACACCCAAAGACAAAUAGAACACUGACCAGAAUACAAAUAAAAUUCAAUGUUCCAAUACCUACUUGAAAUAGGGAAAGGACUAUAUAUUAGUACCAAAAAAAAAAAAAAAAAAAAAAAGAACAUAGAAUGACAAGAAUUUUGGGCCCAUCUCCCGUCAGGAGGUGAAACAUACAAAUGUAAACCCAAUGGGUUUUGAACCCCACCUUGUCUUUCUUGAAUACACAUACAAAACAAACCGUCUGCAUGUAUUGUUUCAUGUGGAGACAUAUCUAAAAUUCAAAAUUAAAUGCUGAGAAGUAGGAAUAUUACUGUGUGUGUACAUCACUAUUUCGUAACACAAAUAUAACUCCCAUUUAUAAGGAGCUACAGUAUAUGGUCGAUCCCACAGUCACCAACUUACAAGCCUAGCUAACCCGAAAUAUCAACGAAAUGGCCUUCAAUAAGGUGUCACAAGCUGCAGUGCUGAAAAUGUUGAAAAGGUGUUCGAAUUUGGGAAUGAAACAUGGCCACAACAACGAAGAUGACCUUCCCAGUGACGUUCCAAAAGGCCAUUUUGUUGUCUAUGUGGGAGAAAAUCGAACACGAUACAUCAUACCUAUUUCUUUCUUGACUCACCCUGAGUUUCAAUGCCUUCUUCGUCGUGCUGAAGAGGAGUUUGGCUUUGAUCAUGAGAUGGGUAUCACCAUACCGUGUGAAGAAGUCGUGUUUGAAUCUUUAACUUCCACGCUUCAGUAAUAUAUCAGGGAAAUGUUAUUAAAAAAAAAAAAAGUGAAUGCUAGUUUGUAUUCCCCCAGGCUAAUAAUAUUUCCCCCCCAGAAAAAACCAUCAUCCAAGCUAUUCUAACCUGGAAUGAGGGGAGUUUAGGCUUUGACCCCUACUUUGUAUGUUAAAAUCCAAAAGAUAAAUAGGAACACAACUCCCUAGUUGCCUAUGAUGUUGUAAAAGUUUGCCUUGGGGAGAAAAUUCUUCUACAAAGUUAAGUAUCUACAUAGCCAAAAGUAGGAGGUUACUCACCUCCUUUACAAUGCAUUUUACUACUGUACAUUAUAUUGGGAAAAAAAAAAAAGAAUGCUAAAUUAUCCAUGAAGAAAGUAGAGUCUGUUCCUUUAAUUUUUGUUUGCCUAAUCCUGAAGGUAGGCAUUUGAGCCUUAGCCAUCCUAUAAGGACCUCUAGCCUCUCUAGGGAGAGAAUUUGAGUCCAUGGAAAAUUUCAGCUCUUAUCAUUGUUGAUCUAAGUCACAAUUUUUGUUUGUUUGUUUUGUUUUCGUACCUUCUUUCACACUUUGCCUUCUAAAGUUCCCAGCAUACGAAAAACUGGUAAAGCUCUCAUUGUGGUUUUAACAGCUGCAUUCUCGGAAUUGAUAUUCCAGCAUAGGAAGCUCAUGGACGAUUAUGAAGGCUAAAACCCGUGUUAGAGCUUUGGAUGUGCGAUUCCAUGCCACACACCCUUGGAAGAGGAAGAUGGGGCCUUUGGAGGCCAUUGAAGAGCAAGCCACAAGGGUGUGGAUGAUUGCUUGGAAGAGACAUGGAGAUGAAGACCCAUUGAUUGAUGCCAUACAAAGUGGCUAGAAGUGCAAACAUGACUAGAAGUGCAGUUUGUGGCUAGAAGUGCAAACUCGAGGCUAGGAUUGCCAUUCAAGUAAAGAAGGGGCCAUGUGGGGUUAUUUUCACAAAGGUCACUUUUGGGCCUUUGUUGUAAUAGGGCUUAGUAGUUAAAUGCCAAAUGUGGCUAGUAGUUUAAUAAUUGUGCUAUGCAUGUAAAGGCAAAACUAUAUAAGCUUGCCUUAGCAUAUUUUCAUUCCUUAUUUGUUGAUUGUUGAAGAAACUCAUUGAGAGUAGUUUUCUCCUUGAUGGAGUUAGGUUUAGCUACGUGUAGCUAGGAUUAGGAUUAGUGCGUGGAUUCCCUUAACUCUUACCUUGAAUUUUCUUGGAUAAUCUAGGAUUAUAUUUCCAUGUGUGAGUUUAAGUCUCAUCUUCAUUGGAAUGAAUUCAUCUUAGAUUAUUGAUUAAUAGGUGCAGGUUUCCU